CAUCGAAAUCAGAGACAGUCAGGGGCCUCAGAUCGAGGGGCAGUCACGGGCGAUAAGUAAUUCCUUAUCGCCUGAGGCGCUAAAUAAAUUUUUAGGCUUUUUCCUCCGCCAUUUCAUUUUCGAGAUCAACUUCAACUUCGCCUCGACCAAUGCAUUGUGACCAGCACCCCUAUUGAAGAUGGAGGAACCAGCAAACUUCAUACCCCUUGGCUUGGGCCGAGGCAGCGAACGAAGAGCCUCCACUUCUACCUCUGCAAAAGACCGUCCCACUUCGAUUUCUGCCCGUCCUUCGAUCCUCGAUGGACCGAAGAUUAUUGGGGCUACACCUGCGGAGAGGAAGGUAAUUGCGAGAGAAUACCGACUUGCGGCCAGGAGAGUGAAGAAGAAAGCCAAAGCUGAUGCGAAGAGAGCACGGAAGGAAAAUGCGAUCCUCCAUCGACGACUGACCCGGAACAACGAGAAGUACACCAAGAACAAGGAGCGCAACAAGGAGCGAGACAUCAUGCUGGAGCGCCAGAAAAUCCGCUUCGAAGCCGUGCGCCAGGCUGAACGAUUAGCCGCCAUCCACGAUCCUACCGGCAAGAUGUUCAACGUUGGUGAGGUUAUCAUCAUGCCUGACGGACAAGUGAAGUCGAAAGAGGCGAUCGAACGAGCUGCGGAAGCAAAGAAACAGAAGGAGAUGGAUGCCCUUGCUGAGAAGGCAGAGAAUAUACGCAUCGCUGAGGAGAAGGCGAAUUACAAGAAGGAAAAGCUUGCGGCGAAGAGAGAGGGACGAGAACCACCUCCGCGACCCGAUUAUGCUCCUAAACUUGCCCUUCAGAGUGCGGCAUCGGUCUAUGGUAACGGCGGUCAGCCAGCAUACGGUGGUCAGCAGAUGCGUAGUAAUCAGCAAACGGGCACAAACGCGAAGCGCAAGAUCAGCAAAAAGCAGCAGCAACGGCUAGAAAUGCUCAAGCCGAAACCAGUCCCGCCGAAACCAGUUAUUCCAGAGGGCAUUGCUCUUCCGGAGGGUGAGGAGAACCUUCUUGAAUUAUGGGAUAUCACGGAUGAGGAGAUUGCUAAACGAUUGAGGUCUAAGAAGAAGGAGAAGAUCAUAGCAGGGAAGACCCUUAGAAAGAUCCAGAAAGAGCAGAAGAAAUUCAACCGUGCUAUGAAGGUCCGGAAGAAGCAGGCUGCCAACGCUGGUGUGAUUUGGGAUCCAGAGAAGGCGAAGAAGGAGAUCCUGGGCGAGAUGGAGAAGGCAGAUUGGGGCGACGAGGAUUCUUCUGACUCUGAAUCCGAGUUUGAAUCCGAUGAUGAUCUUGAGGCUGAAGCCAAUGGUAAGAAUGCAGGCGAGGAAAAAGAGAAGCCCAAGAAGAAAAAGAAGAAGGGGAUGCCGAAAGUCAAUCGUCCGAGACUCGAUCUUGAGCUUCUGGAGCAAUCAGCCAAGAUCAAGCAGGCGCUCGAGGACAAGAAACGCAAUGCGAGAUUGAAGCGACGAGCUGAGCGCAGAGAGAAGGCUGCUCAGGAGAAGGCUAAGAGGGAGGCAGAGGCAGAGGCGGCUAGGAUUGAGGCUGAGAAGGCAGAGCAAGCCGAGCAAGCAUCUGCUAGUGAGGAGAAGGCUACCAAGGAAAAGUCGUCUAAAAAGCGGAAGCGAUCUUCAGAAGAGGAACCCGAGCAAAAAGGUAAGAAGACUAAAACAGACGAUCUUGACUCCGAAGAGGAAGCCAAGAGAAAGGAGAAGAAGAGGAAGCGGAAAGAGGAGAAGAGAAAGCAGAAGGAGAACGUGGAGAAAAAAAAGGAGAAGGAGCGGCAAGCUGAAAAAGAGCUGCAAGCAAAAUACCUCGCCAGCACAGCGGAAGUCAGAUCUAAGGUCGAGAGUAAAGACGACAGGCUCGACAGGGAGAUUGCCGAGCGGGAGGCAAGACUGAGGGCCGAGAAUCAGGAGGCCGAGGAAUCGGAAGAACCUCAGUAUACGAAGGUUAGCCAGAACUGGAACCCGGAUGCGUUGAUGGGUGAUAAGGAGAGGAGGGAAAAGUUCAUGAAACUGCUUGGGGCGAAGAAAGCGAAGAAGGGGCCUAAAAAGACACCCAAUGAGAAGGUCGAGACGGAAAAGGAGAAAGCUGCUAGAGAGAAGAAGGAGAAGUUGGCGGUAAAGGUUACUCAGCCAAACGUUGUUGAGAGAAAGGAGAAGAAGGCGGCGAGGAGAGCUGCGAGGAAGGCAGAAGAGCAGGCUGCUGCUGAAGCCGCUGCGGCUGCCGCCAAGGCUGAGCAGAUUGCUAGGAUGCAGAGCGAUCUCGAGAACCAGUACGAAGCAGGCAUGAAGUUAAAGCAUGACGGUGGAAGCAAGAGACGCGGGUUGGGCGCUUGAUUGAGCAUUAAAGGUCCUACUUUUGUGUCGAGAGGAUAUUGUGGUUUGAUUCCCCAUUUGCAUUGCAAGAUUUUCGCCCUUUGUCACGGAGUAUGGAGUCCUCCUUUACAUGA